AGUGAUUUAACAACUUGUGAAAGCUCAUUUAGAGAGUCUCAUUUCAAAGAUGAAGAAACUUUUGUUGUUGGUAAUCUGCAUUCAGGUUGCAUUAAUUGUCGUUGGCAAGCAUCAUAGAGACAGUGAUUUUUUGAGCCAUGUGCAGCUGGUGCACCAGUUUCAAUGUUCAUUGCCCCAACCACGAGCAAUCCCAGUGGAGGAUCUCCUGACCGUAGGCCUCGGACCGGACGAAGCUUUUUAUCCUGCAUUUACGGUUCUGACACGCUGCGUUGGAUCAGGGUGCUGUCCCGACUCCAAACAGAUCUGUAUCCCGAUCGAAACCAGAAAUGUCAGCCUCGUUUUCAUGGUCAGACAUCGCAUUGAUCAACAACGAGAUCGUCACCAUGAAGUCAUCCAUGCUGUCGAGCAUACCAAGUGCGCCUGCAUGGAUAAAAUUCUGGCUAUGAAGAAUUCCAGGUUUUGAACAAGGAAAACUAUCUCGAAGACAGCAACUGAUCUCUAGACAAACGACGAAUUAAAAUGAUAAUUUAUUUAAUUAGAAUUUCAUUUUCUCAAAAGAGAAUUUCUCUUUUUCGAAACUAAAGAAAAAAUGAUCUUUCUUCACUCUAGAUGUUUUUUGGAAUGCAUCAAAAAUUCGUUUAUUUUAAAAAGUUAAUUUAACUUUCCAUCUUGGAAUUGUAUACGUAGAUCUAAGAUUAAUUAAGUUAGACUAGAUUAUGUCAAAUUGCAUUAGCAAGGGAAAAUAUUGCAUCUAAACGUUAGAAAUAUAUAAAAGCAAUAUAGACAAAUUCAUAGAUUUAUUCUAAACUAACAAGUUGCAGAAAGAAGAAAGUUGAAAACUUUUUACGUCAAUAAUAUUUUUGUUUUGUAUUUCAUUUUUUUUAAAUAAAUAUUUAAGUUUAAAACAAAGCUUAUCACAUAAAAUAGAAAAUACUGUAUGAUAAAUACAUAAGAAGCAAUAUUUUUUUAUAUAGACUUUAAAGAAGCAUUUUACUUACUU